UGUGGCGGGCAUUUUUUUCAGCUCCCCAGCAGCUUUGGGAACUGAGCUGACGAAACAAGUAGGCGCAAACGCGUUAUUAUUUUCACCGCCCAGACCCGGGCGUGAGGCUGGGCUAUGCCACCCAGAUGACCGGUGCCACGGCCGACACUAGGACCACUUUAUCUAGGGACCCCUCACCUCUCCCGCCUCUGCCGCCGCUCCCUCCUCACCCUCUGCCCGCGCCAGUCGCGCUCUGCUCUGCUCACUAGUCUGAUGGCAGCAUCCGCGCUGCCUCGCCCGGCGGAGGCCAUCGUGACCUUUGAGGAUGUUGCUGUGCACUUCUCCUGGGAGGAAUGGAGGCUCCUUGAUGAGGCUCAGAGACGCCUGUACCUCGAUGUGAUGCUGGAGAACUUUGCACUUACAUCCUCUCUGGGUGGCUGCUGUGGAUCAGAGGAUGUAGAAGCCCCCUUUGAACAGAGUGUUUCUGUGGGAGUGUCACAGGCCAGCACCUCCAGGGCAGCUCUGUCUUCCCUGAAGGCCCACUUCUGUCAGACUUGUGGUCCAGUUUUGAGAGACAUAGUCCAGUUGGCUGAGCACCGAGGACCACCACACAGCCACACAGUGUUGAGGUGUGGGGUGUGUAUGAAACAAUUUAAUUUUAGUGCAAACCUCCAGACACACCAGGAGCAGCACCUUGGAGCGAAACCCUUGAGAAGCAGUAUGGACAGGGCCUUGUUUGUGAAGAGCCAUAAAUUCCGUAUUUCAGAAAAGCCCUUUCUUUGUGAUGAAGUUGGGAAGAACUUCCUGGCCACCUCAGAACGUCUACAGCAGCAAAUGACUUACACCAGGGAAGAGCCCAACAGAAUCACCAAAUGUGGGGAAACUAUAGAAAAGAGAAGAACUCUUUUGACCUGGAGAGAAUGUAAGAAAGUCUUUAGCCCUAGACACACACAUGCUCGGGACCGGGACAUCCACACCGGAAGACAGUGUUUUGUGUGCCCUGAAUGUGGGAAAGCAUUUAGGAAUCAGUCCUCAUUAGUUGUUCACCAGAGAGUUCACACUGGUAAAAAUCUUCAUGUGUGUGGCAAAUGUGGCAAGUCUUUCAGGCUAACCUCAACCCUUAGUCGUCAUCGAAGAAUUCAUUGUCAGGCAAGGCAGUACAAGUGCAGCAAAUGUGGAAAGUCCUUUAACCGAAAAUUUGUCUUUAUUUACCCCUGGAGAAAUCAUACUAAAAAAAUACAUGACUUGUGCCAUGAAUGUGUGCAGUCGUUCAGCCAUAGAUCCAUCCUUAUACGACAACGGAUGGUUCACUCUGGAGAAAGGCGUUAUGAGUGUAUGCAAUGUGGGAAAGCCUUUAGACGAAAAUUUUACCUCAUUGUACAUAUGAGAGUUCACACUGGCACAAGGCCUUACCAGUGUCAUGAAUGUGGGAAAUGUUUUACCAAUAGUUCGGUACUUAUUUUGCACCAGAAAGUACAUACAGGAGAAAGGCCUUUUGAGUGUAUUAAGUGUGGGAAAUCCUUUUCCAGUAGUUCAGUACUCAUUCUACACCAGAGAGUACACACAGGAAAAAGGCCUUAUGAGUGCACUGAAUGUUGGAAAUCCUUUAGCCAUGAAUCGCACCUCACUCAACACCAGAUAGUUCAUAGUGCAAGAAAGUCUUACGAAUGCAGUGAAUGUGGGAAAUCUUUUACAUCUCGUCCAGGCCUACGUUAUCAUGAGAGUGUUCACAAUGGAUCCAGGUCUUAUGAGUGUAGUCAGUGUGGAAAAUGUUUUACUUCUCGCCCUGGCCUUCGUUAUCAUCUGAGAGUUCACACUGGAAGAAAGCCCUAUAAGUGCAUUGAAUGUGGGAAAUCUUAUAGCCAAAGGUCCAACCUCAUCCAACAUCAGAGAGUUCAUACGGGUGAAAGGCCUUAUCAGUGUAGUGAGUGUGGGAAAUGUUUUACCUCUAGCUCUGCGUUUCAUUAUCAUAAGAAAGUUCACACUGGAGAAAGGCCUUAUCAGUGCAAUGAAUGUGGGAAAUCUUUUUUAUCUGUUUCCAACCUCAGUAAUCAUCAGAGAGUACACACAGGAGAGAGACCCUAUGAGUGCAGUGAAUGUGAGAAAUCUUUUAUUCAAAGACAUCACCUUCUUUUACACCAGAGAAUUCAUACAGGAGAAAUGCCUUAUCAGUGUACCGAAUGUGGGAAAUCUUUUUCAGCUAGUUCCAACCUUAGUAAUCAUCAGAGAGUACACACAGGAGAGAGACCCUAUGAGUGCAGUGACUGUGGGAAAUCCUUUAUCCAAAGACAUCACCUUCUUACACACCAGAGAGUUCACACAGGAGAAAGGCCGUAUCUGUGCAAUGAAUGUGGAAAAUCUUUUGCAUCUGGUUUUAACCUGAGAAAUCAUCAGAGAGUUCAUACUGGAGAAAAACCUUAUGAGUGCAGUGAAUGUGGAAAAUCCUUUAUCCAAAAAUGCUACUUUCUUAUACACCUAAGAGUUCACACAGGAGAAAGGCCUUAUGAGUGCAGUGUAUGUGGAAUUUCUUUUACCACUAGGAGGAAACUCCGUUAUCAUCAGGGAGUUCACAGUGGAGAAGGGCCUUAUGAAUGCCAUGAAUGUGGAAAAUCUUUUACCUCUAGUUAUGCUUUCCGUGAUCAUCAGAGAGUUCAUACAAGCCAAAGGCCUUAUGAAUGUACUGAAUGUGGGAAGUCCUUUAGAGCAAAUUCUUACCUCAUUGAACACUGGAGAGUCCACACUGGAGAAAAGCCUUACCAAUGUACUGAUUGUGGGAAAUCUUUUUCCUCUGGCUCUGGCCUCCGUUAUCAUCAGAGUAUUCACACUGGGUUAAGGCCUUACGAGUGCAGUGAAUGUAAGAAAUCUUUUCCCAAGAGCUCUGCACUCAUUCGCCAUCAAAGAACCCACACAGGUGAAAGGCCUUAUGUGUGCAGUGAGUGUGGGAAAUCAUUUAUCCAGAGACAUCACCUUCUUGUACACCAGCGAGUUCACACGAGAUGAAGGCCUUAUGGUCCAGCAAAUGUGGGAAAUCCAGUAAGGAUAGUUCCCAGUCCGAUUAACACUGGGCAGUUCACACUGUAGAAAGGUAUGUGAGUUAAAAAAUGUGGGAAAUCUCUUUUAGCCAUAGAUUUUACCUUUCUUAACACCCGAGGCUUCAUACUGCAAAAUGAUUUUAUAAGUGUAUGGAGUGUAGGAAAUGUUUUAUUGGGAGUUUGUUAUCUGAUAAUUUACACAGGAUGAAGGCCUAUUGUGUGGCAAAGGUGAAAAAUCCUUUACCCAUAGCUUCACAGUCUUUCACCACCAGAUAAUUUAUUCAGGAGAAAGGCCUUAUAAGUGCACAGAAUGAAGAAAAUCCUUAAAGAAUUUACCUUAUUAUACAGUGUAGAAUUUACACUGGAGAAAGACCCUAGAUGUGCAAGGGAAUGUGCACUUUUCUUGCCAGUAUAAUGACACUAGAAUAAACCAUGAGAAGCCAUCUGUCUGAAUUUGAUCUCGUACACCCAGUUGUCCACAUCUGGGACAUUCGCCAUAAGUUUAGUUGUGUGGGAAUCGUGUGUCUAUGCUGUACUUUCUAACCUGCACGGGGCUCUUCACCAUUUUCUGUUGUCAAAGUCAUUUCAGACUCCCAUGUGGCAGGUCCCCACAGUUUGUGUCCAAUACCAUCCCACUGUGCUGACUUGUGUUCUCUCAUGUAUUGGAGGAAAAGAGGAGUUUUCCUGAGGUCUUUGGAGUCACAUUGGGCAGAAAUCCAACCCUUUAUUGGCUCAGAGAAUAUCACAUGAGUCUGGCUGGAGGGCCAUGUUCUCCCAGGAAUUUUUCCAGCUUCCAAGUUACCAACUUGACCUCCUUGCUGCACAUUUGCUUUGGUUUGUACAAUACUGUUUAAUUCCUCACUGGUGUCAGUUCUCUUUUAUUUUCUGAGUUCUGUUUAGUGAGUGGUAUAUUUCAUAAACAGAGUUUGGCUCCACGAGUAUGAAAAGUGAACAUUUUAAUGAGGAUCCCCAACUUUGUGUUUUUUCCAAGGACAUUAUAAUGGCGAAAUACAGCUCACCCAUUUUUGCCAAAUUUGAAUUCUUUCUAGAAAGAACUGCAUGGCUUUUUGGUCUUUGUAUGAAGCCUAGAAGAUAUGAAUUUUAGGAGAUUUAGAAAUCACCCUGUGACGCCCUAGCUGCUGUGGCUCAGUGGAUUGAACGUGGGCCUGUGAAACACAUGAUCGCGGUUCCAUUCCCAGUCAGGGCACACGCCUGGGUUGCAGGCCAGGUCCGAGCAGGGGACGCACAAAGGCAACCAUACGUUGAUAUUUUUCUCCCUCUCUCCUUCCCCUCCCCUCUAAAGAUAAAUAAAUUAAAAUUUAAAAAAAAAUCACUCUGUGGAGGAGUCAGAUGUGACAAUCUCAAGUGCUUCUUGGAUCAGCAUGAAUUUUCUCAUUGUUCACAGGGAUAACCUCAGGGGAUGUUGAAGGGAACCUGUUUCCUAGGUCCUGCAAUGAACCAUGUGUUCUGAUUAUUGAAUUUCUUUGGUGAUGAUCACUGGAUCAUUGGGGUUACUGGAAACUGUAACUGCUACUGAAAUGGCACUGGAUUUGUAGGGAUUGGAGACUUUAGCCAACACAAUGGAAUGUGCUCGUAAAUACACAAGCAUUUCUGUAACACUGUGCGGGAUAAGUGUGCACACAAAUAUUAGGAUCUCCAAGCAUGUUUUGUUUUUUGGAUUUUUUAAAAGAUUUUAUUUAUUUUUAGAUAGAGAGGGAAAGGAAGGGAGAAAGGGAAGGAGAGAAACAUCGAUGUGAGAAAGAUACAUAGAUAGGUUACCUCUCACAUGCCCCCAACGAGGACCUGGCUGCAACCCAGGAAUGUGCCCUCACUGAGAAUCAAGCUGGCAACUCUUCGGUUUGCAGGCCAGCACUUAAUCCACUGAGCCACACCAGUCAGGGCCAGGUAUGUUUAUCUGGUGUGCCUGAAGUCUUUGUUAUAGAAAAUAAAUGUUUUAUGAAUUCUUGUGACGAUGCUCACCCAAGGCCAUGUUGCACAGGCAGGAAAACAAAUGUGCAUGUAAUAAACUGUGCAUAUUUAAAGCAUCAUAUUUAAUAUAUUUUUAAAAGAUUUUAUUUAUCUUUAGAGGGGAUGGGAAGGAGAGAGGGAGGGAAAUAUCAAUGUACAGUUGCCUCUCGUGCGUCCCCUGCCGGGAACCGGCCUGCAACCCAGGCAUGUGCCCCAACUGGGAAUCGAACCUCGAUACUCUGGUUCGCGGGCCCGAGCUCAAUCCACUGAGCUACACCAGCCAGGGCCAUAUUUGAUAUUUUGAGAUACAUAUGAAACUGAAAGCAUCAUCACAGUUAUGGGAAUGACUUAACCUACCAGUAUAUUUUUGCCUCUUGUUCUUUUUGAAUCUCUCCCUGCACGUCACAGCCCUUUAAAUAACUUGACUUACUUUCCCUUAGUAUUGAUAAUUUUGUAUUUGCUAUAAUUUAUAUGAUGGAAUCAUUAAAUGUUUAUUUAUUUUUUGUUUCCUUUAUAUUUUUGCUAUCUUUGGAUAUACCACAAUUGGUUUAUCCAUUCCUCUUUUUAUG